GGCCCAUGUAUCUCUAUGGGCCUCCAUGCCCAACACAAAAAGGUAUAGCGAACAGAGCGAGACAAGUACAACUGCAUUUGCUCCAGUCCAUAUGAAAAACGCAUCCGCUCUGUACGUAAGACAGUGAAGAUGAUCGUCUGCGUCGCCGUCGUCGGCCACCAGAACAACCCGCUCUACAUACAGAGCUUCACGGAGGCUGACGAUGCCCUCAAGCUCCACCACAUCGUACACUGCUCCCUAGACGUCAUCGACGAGCGAGUGAACAAUCCCAAAAAAUCUGGACCGACACUAAAUGAGACAUUUCUGGGUCUGCUUUAUCCGACCGAAAAUUACAAAGUGUACGGGUAUCUGACCAAUACGAAGGUGAAGUUUAUCGUGGUGACAACGGAUCUAGAUGUCAGAGACGCGGAUGUUCGAAAUUUUUUCAGGAAGUUCCAUGUUGCAUAUGUAGAUGCGGUUUCAAACCCAUUUCACGUGCCAGGUAAAAAGAUAACCUCCAGAACUUUUGCAGAAAGGGUCAGCACCAUUGUCAAAUCCUUUGGGUUGAGUUCAGCAGGGUGAAUGGCUGCCGCCCAUGUAGAAGCUAAACCUUCAUGAAUCUUCCUUUUGUGACUUGUUGAAUAUGCUUUUUUCCCCUUUUGUGUUGCACUGCUCUUGUUUCACCUAGGAAUUGGACUCAGUUAAGCUCAUCCAUUUGAAUCUCAGGAAAAUAUUUAGAGAUUGAAACAUUUAUCUUUCAAUAGAACUUCAGUUCAAGUUAUAAUGGAAAUACAAACAGGCAAUCUUGUUAUUUCUUGUCAA